GACGCGGCGGCGGCGGCGGCGGGGCAGCGGCUCUCCUCUCGCUCCUUUGUGCUGCGGCGGCAGCUUCUCGGGCUCUCGCUCGCGCGUCCUCUCGGCCCGCCAGCCCGCGCCUUCCGGUGACACCAUGUCGGCGGCAGGAGCGGGAGCGGGCGCGGAGGCGGGCUUCUCCAGCGAGGAGCUCCUGUCGCUCCGCUUCCCGCUGCACCGCGCCUGCCGCGACGGGGACCUGGCCGCGCUCUGCUCGCUGCUGCAGCAGACGCCGCGCGCCCACCUGGCCGCAGAGGACUCCUUCUACGGCUGGACGCCCGUGCACUGGGCCGCGCACUUCGGCAAGUUGGAAUGCUUAAUACAGUUGGUGCAAGCUGGAGCCACGCUUGAUGUCUCCACCACGCGUUAUGCGCAGACCCCAGCCCACAUUGCUGCUUUCGGGGGACACCCUCAGUGCCUCAUCUGGUUGAUUCAAGCAGGAGCCAGCAUUAACAAACCGGACUGUGAGGGUGAGACUCCCAUUCACAAGGCAGCUCGCUCUGGGAGCCUAGAGUGCGUCCGUGCCCUGGUGGCCAACGGGGCUCACAUCGACCUGAGAAAUGCCAGUGGCCUGACAGCAGCAGACAUUGCUCAAACCCAGGGUUUCCAAGAAUGUACCCAGUUUCUCUUGAACCUCCAGAAUUGUCAUCUGAACCGUUUCUGUAAUAAUGGCACCUUAAAUGGGGGCCAUCAGAAUAUGUUUCCUAAUCAUGUUAGUGUGGGAACAAAUCGCAAGAGAUGCUUGGAAGAUUCGGAACCCUUUGGAGGAAAGAGAGCUAGAACUGAAGCUCAAAGCUCGGAUUACUUGAUGUCACUAGUGAACGGCGAGACAGAAGAUGAUGCUGACAAAAUGCACGUCGAUAGAGAGUUUGCUGUCGUAACAGAUAUGAAAAACAGUAGCUCCGUAUCGAAUACAUUGACAAAUGGAUGUGUCAUCAAUGGACAUUUGGACUUCCCCUCCACGACACAGCUCAAUGGGAUGGAGAGCAGGAAUGACCACUGCUUAACAGGAUCUAAUGGAAUUAGCAAUGGAUUAGUUCCAGGCCGGCCGUUUCCAAGUAGCCAGGGCUCUCUCUGUGUUAACGGGGCCGAGGAGCCAGAAAAGACCAUGAGCGUUAGCCCCGAGAUGUGUGGCUCUCUGCACCUGAACGGGAGCCCGAGCAGCUGCGUAGCCAGUAGACCUUCCUGGGUGGAAGACGCGGGGGAGCACUUGCACUAUGGACAUUACCACGGGUUUGGGGACACUGCUGAGAGUAUCCCUGAGCUCAGCAGUGUGCUAGAGCAUUCCAAUUCCGUGAAGGUGGAGGAGAGGUACGACAGCGCCGUGCUGGGUGCCAUGUGCCUGCACCACGGCUCCUGAGGCCAGCGCCUGCCUGUCUGGACACUCCAUCCUUCCCAGUACCCGACUUGGAAUGCUCACGUAGCGUCAGCUUGAAGGAAUGCCACGACUUGUUUUGUUUUUUAUGCUCUAAGUUUCUGAAAAGGUGGCUUGUCUUGGAUGAGUUCCCCGGGAGUCCUGGCGUGCACGAGCAGGGCUGACUGAGUGCAUAGGUGUUUCUGCCACGGGGUAGUGGGCCUCUUACACAAUGCACUUUUGGAAUUUCAUUUUUCUGCUGCCAAUCUCAAUAUUUCCUUUUAUAUGCUAUCACCAAAAAUUGCCGUUUUUCCUUUUGUCGAAUUAUAUCUGAUCAAGAUAAAUUGGAGGCAGUAAAUGAGGUGCCUGGUAAUUUAACUCUUUGCACAUGGGCACCAUUUUGAAAAGCUUGAUUUUUCCUCUUUCCUGUAGAAUUUUUGACAAGACGGCGGUUUCCCUAUGCAAAGUGUAGCCUUACAAAGAUUUCUGGCAGCGAUUUGUAUGAAGAAAGAACGCUUGUCUUUUUCAGUCUCUUCAGUGAAACUUUGCAACUUGCCGUGUUGUGAGGGUUUUACUUGUUGACACACAGCGUGGUCUCCCUUCGGCGAUGUGGCUCCUGCCCUGGGUUUCAUGGAAAACACGCCCAGCCGGGGCCUGGCUUCUGACCUAUUGUGUUUUUAUUCCACAUUUCCUACCUUGUCUCUACAAUUUUUACCACAGGUAACGGUUUCCUUUAUAUGUAAUGGAAGUUACUAUUUGUAGGAACUGUCAGGUCAAAAUAUUUAACUGACUAUUCUGACUUAUAUUCUCUUUUUUUCCUUGUUUUUGGUUUUUGGGGGUUUCUGCUUUAAAAUAUAUACCACUAUGUGUAUCCAGUUAACUGAGAGAAUUUUGACUCUCUCUUAAUAAAACCGCGUUAAGUUUAUGGUUUUAUAGAAAUUAGCUUUUGUUUAGGCAACUAGUGGUUACACUGUGCAAAUAUUGUAAUGAAUUUUUACUUUUCUGAUUUUUGUAAUAAAAAUUGGUGAAGAUAAAGAAAACAUCCAGUGAACAAACCAAUGUUCUAAGAGUGUUACUAACAUUUUGUUUUUAAAUUGUUUGCAAAUUGAAUAAAAAACUCUCACACUCGA